AUGAAGCAGCAGGUCACAAACCUCCACUUCUUCUUCCACGACAUCGCUGGCGGCGACAUCCCGACCGUCGUCCACGUCGCCGCUCCCAAAAACCUCAGCAGCCUGGUCAAGGAGCCGUCGUUCGGGACCGUCUACGCCAUCGAUGACCCUCUCACGGAGGGCCCCGAGGCGGACUCCACGGCCGUCGGGAGCGCGCAGGGCAUCUACAUCUCGUCGGGGCAGGACGCGCCGAUGCUGGUUUUUGCGACGGACUUCGGCUUCGCUCCUUCAGCACAUAGUGCUCGUAGUGGUCAACAACGGGAGGCGUUUCGGUUGGCUCAAGACGUCGCCAAACCCCGAACCAACUCCAUCAAUGACACCUCAGGUGAUGCCGUGGUGGAGUUCCAUUACGGGUGA